ACUCAUAGACUCCGUCAUGAGUUCGUUAAAGUUACAGAAGAGGCUUGCAGCCUCUGUUAUGCGAUGCGGCAGAAAGAAGGUUUGGUUGGAUCCUAAUGAAAUCAAUGAAAUUGCAAACACGAAUUCUCGACAAAGUAUUAGGAAACUGAUCACAGAUGGUCUCAUCAUUAAGAAGCCUGUAGCUGUUCAUUCCAGAGCACGUGUCCGUAAAAAUACUGAAGCCAGACGUAAGGGACGUCACUGUGGUUUUGGUAAGAGAAAGGGUACAGCGAAUGCUCGAACUCCACAAAAGGAUCUGUGGAUUCAAAGAAUGAGAGUUCUCCGUCGACUCUUGAAGAAAUAUCGUGAGACAAAGAAGAUUGAUAGACAUCUAUACCACUCCUUGUACAUGAAGGCUAAGGGUAAUGUGUUCAAGAAUAAGAGAGUCUUGAUGGAAUUUAUUCACAAGAAGAAGGCUGAGAAGGCAAGAGCAGAAAUGCUUUCUGAUCAAGCCGAAGCGCGUCGUACUAAAGUAAGGGAGGCGCGUAAACGAAGGGCAGAACGUAUCGCUACGAAGAAACAAGAGUUACUACAGUCGUAUCAACGCGAGGACGAAGCAGCGGCAGCGCAGAAGAAGUGAUUUAAGAAUCAUAAAAACUAUUGUAAAAAUAAAACAUAAAAAGACAAAA